CCUGCCAGGAGGGCUCCGUUAGUGGGCGCCCAGCCUCCCCGCUGCUGCUGGUGCGGCAGGGGCGCCGCUCGCCGUUUGCAAAUGGCCAGUCCCGGCUGCCCGGAGGAGCAGCGGAUGGAGGAGCCCGGCCAGACCCCGCGGGACCCCCCGCCGCCGCCGCCGGAGCCCGCUUUGGCCGAAGCUCAGAAGUGGAUCGAGCAAGCAACGGGGAAAAACUUUGGAGACAAAGAUUUUCGGUCUGGCCUAGAAAGUGGCGUUCUGUUGUGUGAGUUGCUGAACACCAUCAAACCCGGAUUGGUCAAAAAGAUCAAUAGAUUGCCUACUCCCAUUGCAGGUCUGGACAACAUUGCCUUGUUCCUACGAGGCUGCAAGGAACUGGGCCUUAAAGAAUCUCAGCUUUUUGACCCGGGAGAUCUGCAGGAUGCAACCAGCAGAACAACAGCGAAGAACCUUGAUGGUAGCAGGAAGCUGAAAAAUGUUUUAGUCACCCUGUACUGGCUGGGGAGAACGGCAAACAACAGCACCUCUUAUAGCGGAGCAACGCUGAACCUGAAGGAGUUUGAGGGCUUGCUAACCCAGAUGAGAAAGGAGACUGAGGAUGUCGAGAGCCCCAAGCGCAGCAUCCGCGACAGCGGCUAUGUAGACUGUUGGGACACAGAACGGAGCGAUUCUCUCUCCCCCCCUCGCCACGGUAGAGAUGAUUCUUUUGACAGUCUGGAUUCCUUUGGCUCUCGCUCCCAGCAGACACCGUCUCCAGAUGUGGUGCUGAGAGGAAGUAGUGAUGGGAGAGGAAGUGACUCUGAAUCUGACUUGCCACAUCGGAAGAUUCCAGACAUGAAAAAAGACGAUAUGUCUGCCAGGCGGACUUCCUAUGGUGAACCCAAAUCAGUUGUGCCUUUUAACCAAUACCUCCCCAACAAGAGUAACCAGACUGCCUAUAUACCGGCUCCUCUUAGGAAAAAGAAAGCUGAACGCGAGGAGUAUAGGAAGAGCUGGAGCACAGCUACUUCUCCUCUAGGAGGAGAGAGACCUUUCAGCAAGAGCCACCCUGAAACGAUCGAGGAAGAGCAAAGUGAAGCGCCGGCAAAAUCCGAAGAGGAGCACUUGGGCCAGGAAAAUGCUCCCGUUCAGGCAGACGCAAGCUUAAGCGCCAGAGACUCUUCACCUUCGUCUCCUGCCCAUUCUGCAAACAGAACUGCAGGGCCCAGAAAUGCUGAGAAAGAUCCCCAAGAGCUCAGGAAGUUAAGACGGCUUGAACAGGCUGGUAUUAAGGUCAUGCCAGCGGCAGAACGCUACGGCAGCAGUCAAAACCGCGUAUAUGAAACAGGUGACCCAACUCCAGACAUUAUCCUCCGCAAAGAGAACCCCUUUAUGUUGAGCUAUCAACGAAAGGAAUCUGGCUCCGAAGAUGAACGAGAGGAGAGAAUUCCUGAUCUAGAGAAGGAUGACUUUGCUAUUCGGAGAGCAAAACUAAAUCAACCCAAACGUACAUUGCCUUUUAGCCAGUAUCUACUGGGACCCUAUACAAAGAAAGAGCAAGGUAAACUGGAAGAAGGAAAGAAGCGGAAGAUGAAACAGGAACGCACAAGCGGGAACAAGGCUACAUCAAAGCCAAUGGCAUUCUAUGGAGAGAUACCGUCUGUGCAGUCUUGGGUUGAUGAGACUGGGGCAAAGGACCCAGCGAAAGAUGACAGUGGUCAAGGAGAGAAGCCGUCUGAACAGAGAACUCAGGCUAACCCCUCUCAACUAGACUUAUCAAUGCUUACAAAAGGUUCCAUGACACAAACGGACAAAGAGACAUGGGACCGGCUGAAAGUUGCAGGGAAGAACAGUGAUGACGAACUGAUGGACACUCAAGAUAGUUUUCUGUCCUCUGAGAUGGCAGCGAGAGCUGCCGGAUGUGAUGAUUUUGCAAGCCGCAAAGCGAGAACGUACAAGAAAGCCACCCGCCCCAGGCAGAGGUUUGUGCAUUUUGGGCCAGUGACAGAAAUUGACCAUCAGAAGUGGGAGAAACUUUCCAUUGCUAGUCUGGCGACUAUCACUACAUGCUCUGGGAGCCAUGUUGAGUCCAUUGGUGAUGAUGAAAUACAUGGACCACGCGUUGAUGCCAGCGAAAUCACAUGGCCCAGUAAGGAUGCAUAUACUUCAUCCAUCUCAGAUGAUUGUGCCAAUUCCCAGAAGCAAACAUCCAGCAGUUUGAACGAAUGGCACGAAAGCAGUGAUGAAGAGUUGGAUGGUAGCUUCCCAGAUAUUGAGAGAGAUGACAUGUUGGCUAGGAGACUCGGAACAUUUCAGAAGUGCGCUAGUCCCAUUCGCACACUGUGUCCUCCCAUUUCAGUAGCUGGUUGUCAUUCAUUGAAACAGCAUGGGCACACUGCUCUUUGGAAGAGUUCCCACAAGCCAGGAAGAAGUUCCCCGUUGACUUGCGUAACACAACCUUUUCAUGGAGCACCUUCACCCGGAUCUGUAAGUGCCUCUGUGAUAUAUGAAGAUGGCCACGGGAAAUCAAAAGUUCAUGACGAACGCGAGAAUGAUCCAAGAGGUGACAAAAUGGGGAUUAGAAAUCCUGGGAAAGAUGACAUGAUGGUGAGAAGAACCGUAGCUUUUUCCAAGCAAACUGAGCCAGAUGUUAGACGAUUCCUUCCGGUUCCUUUCUCAAAGCAGCAGAACGGUGAGGAGACCACCAAGCAGCUUGUAAAGACUGAACAGAAAGUGAAGAGCAUUGUUAUGACCGACACAGUAGGGACGGAAGUGUAUCCAGAGAUUUGUGCAGAAGGCCCUCAAAGGGUUGCGUUGCAAUCGGAAGACACCCCGGAGCAAGUCAGACAGAGUCCCCCUAGUAUAAUACGAGAAGAUGUACCUUCUCCUGCUUCUAAGGACACGCUUGAUCCCAAACUGGUCCAGACAGGACAUUUGUCUUCUGAGACACAGGAAGCUCUUGGGGAAAAAUCCAAAGAACCUACUUCACUCAAAGAUGAGAAGACUCAAAUAUUCGGCUCCAGAACUCCUGUGUCUGAUGACGCAGAGAGCGUGAGCAUGUUCGAUAUGAGAUGCACAGACGAGGCUGCAGUCAUGCAGCCGCACAGCAAAGCUCGCCACGAGAAGCUGCAGACCAUUCACCACCAGCUGAAGGAAGAUGAGGAUCGAUGGCAAGACGACUUAGCCAGGUGGAAGAGUCGUCGGAGAAGCGCAUCGCAGGAUUUGUUGAAGAAAGAAGCCGAGAGGAAGAAGAUGGAACGGCUACUAAGCACAGGCGAUGUGACCAGUGAGCGAAGGAAAAGCAUCAAGACUUACAAAGAGAUUGUGGAAGAGAAAGAGAGGCGAGAGAGAGAGCUGCAUGAGGCCUACAAGAACGCCAGGUCGCACGAAGAGGCGGAGAGCAUCCUCCAACAAUACAUCGAGAGGUUCACCAUUAGCGAAGCUGUGCUUGAACGCCUGGAGAUGCCAAAAAUUCUGGAGAGAAGCCAUUCAGCCCAGCCAAACUCAACAUCCCCGCCUAAGGACCCGAACCCUCUGCGAUACUUACGGCAACAGUCGCUCCCCACCCCCAAAUACACUGCCAAGAUAGAGGCAACCAUCGUCCCCACCAGCGAAUUGGAAGCCAGCGUUUCAUCGGGCCGCACCUCUCCGAGCAAACCUGUUGUCUACAAGGCCGUGCCUAUGCUGACGCCCAAGCCUUACUCACAGCCGAAAAACACACCGCAGGUUUUGAAAAGCUUUAAGAUAGACGGAAAAGUCAGCAUGAACGGAGACACCUUCAACGGAGUGGAAGAGGAGAAAGAGAAAGAGCACACCACACUAAUAUUUGCCCCUUCCCCAAGUCGAUCGCCAAAGUCUGACCGUGUGAUGGAAGUGGAUGGCGCUUUGGAGGUGAAGCCGGACUCUUCUACCACUGAGCUCAUUCUAAAGAGGCUCCUUGAGCACAGCCAGCUCAGAGAGCAAACCGGUUCCCUGUUCGAAGAAGCUAAACAAACCAGCCAAAAUGACGAAGUGGAUUCAGAAGGAACAUCUCCAGUGGUAUUAACUUCAGCCUGUAAAGAUUUCAGCACAGCAAUUUCCCGUGCCAGCCCUACAGUGACCACUGUGGAAUUCUCCUCCCUCAGUAAUCAUUCCAAGGAAAUGGGUUCAAAUGAUGAACUGAAAAAACUGGAGGCAGCAAAAAAAAAGGAUGCAGAAGCACCAGUUGUUCAGAAGGUAGUGCCCUUGGAAGCUCCUGAACAAGAUGGGAGCAUCCCGUAUCAGUCUCUGAACACGACAUCUGAGACAAGCCAGGUUGCUUUGCAGAAUUCUAUCCUGGAAGCCAACACUGAAAGCAACGAGAAAUCAAGCCGUUUUGGUUGCUGGUCUUGAGAUCCUGAGGAAGAGCGGAAGCGACAACAGCGAUGGCAGCAUGAACAGGAACGCUUGCUUCAGGAAAGGUAUCAGAAAGAGCAGGACAAGCUGAAAGAAGAAUGGGAAAGAGCCCAAAAAGAAGUUGAAGAGGAGGAGCGCAGAUACUAUGAGGAGGAACGCAGGAUCAUUGAGGACACUGUGGUUCCAUUCAUGGUCACGUCAAACUCCACAGAUCCCUUGUCAACGUCUUCGUCUCUGACUGAUGGAAAUGGGGCUAUGAACAUACUAGAUGCAAGCAACUCCGAAGAGAUAAAUAAGCAAAAAGAAGAAAAAAUAUUGAAGAAAGUGUUUUGUGAACAGGAAAAGAACAAGGAGCAUGAACCAUGGAAGGAAAACAUAAGCAGCGUAAAUAAAGUAGGACAUCUAGAAGAAAGUAAUCAGAGAGGAAAUGAGACAGAUAAUCCGACAUCCAUGCCAGAAUGCAAACCUCCAACCAGAAUGACUUUGCCAUUAUGUCAGGAAGUGCCAUGGACUCAACAGUUAUUAACUAAACAGAGCCCACAUGCCUCAGACACAAGACAGAAGACCUCACCCUUGGAGAAUAAUUUAGGCCUGCCAGCCAAUUCCACAAAAGAAACUAGGAGGGCAGGCUGCCAAGAGAGCGUCGGGACUGGGCCACAAUCGCCAAGUUCUCUAACAGUACAAAGCCAGUCACCCAACAGGUCUAUCAGUGGAAGAAAGCUCUGUUCUAGCUGUGGACAAGUUCUGGGGAAAGGAGCGGCCAUGAUUAUCGAAACCCUUGGUCUUUAUUUCCAUAUUCAGUGCUUCAGGUGUGGAAUUUGCAAGGGUCAGCUUGGAGACGCAGCCAGCGGCACAGAUGUCCGGAUUAGAAAUGGUCUUCUCAAUUGCAACGAUUGUUACAUCAGAUCCAGAACCGCCGGUCAGCCGACGACUUUGUGACGGGCAUCUCUUGUCUUGCUUACAAAAGUAUUCUGCAAGAAGGAAGGUCACGCCGGCGUUCCCGCGGCUGCAUCUGGACAAUCAACUCGUAAGAGCUUCUGCCCACAGACUUCACGGCUCUCGUCUCAUCUUGAAAGGCUGGCAUAAAAGAUUACAUCAGCUCCUUUCCAAUGCAAUACCUGUUCUCCUUCCUUAAUUCACUUUCAUUAUGUGUAUGAGUUGCGUCUCUGGACACUUAGCUCCCUUUCUUCCCAGGAGAGCGCACUCCAUAUUGUCAGUGAUGCGUGGUUUCAGAGUCCGCUCUUCUUCUGGUGGGGGGGGGGUGGCAAGUAACAAGGAAACAAAGAUGCAAUAAAUCUGCUCUGUUUUAAUACAACUAGGAACUGGGGGGGUUAAGUUUACAUAGCCUUUGUAGGUGUUCUGUAAUAUGCCAACAUAUUAAUUUAAUUAGGUGCAUUUGGAGGGGGGGAGGUGAAAUUAAGCAUCACAGAAAGUGACUUUUCUGUUUAUAAUUAAAGCGGUAACUUGUGUUUUUUUUAUAUACAAAGACACUACUUUGAUAAAACAUACUGUAAUUCUCCGACGUUUUACUAUAUUACCUUCAGUGGAGGGUAGGAAUUCUAUGAAUAAAUUAUUGCUUUAAUCAAGCAAUUUGUGUGUGCAUAAGAUAAAUGUUCCUAAUGAUAACAAAAAUAUUUUUUUUCUCUAAUGAAGGUAUAGCCACUAAACUUAUAUAAUAAUACUUGCAUUCAUCAGUUGCAAAAAUACCUGACUGAGUAAGGCCAGGAAUAGCCAGUUGGCAGCCCGUGAGGCAGAUCCGUUCCUGGAGGCCAAGCACAUGUCUUUUGGCAGCCCUCUCCCGUCUCAAUCAAGAGUGGUGAAAGAUUUGUCCAGAGAUUCACUGAUAGCACAAUAUCUGUCCUUUGGAGUUUGUGUAGGAUGGCCCAGUAUACUUGAGGACACAUGCAUUGCAACAGUGAAACCUUUCCCACUAGGCAGCAUAGAUGGGAGUUAAAUAAUGUGGCAUCCGACUCUCAGCAGUUGUGAGGGGAUCAACAUAAACUUCCGGCGUGUGUCCAUCAGCUGGAAAAAUAGAAUUGCCAGAGAAUUAAGGAGUUGGCAGUCCCUGAGAUAAUGAAUAGGAAAUCCUUCUUAGCAUCAGUACUGUAAAACUACAUAAUGCAAAUACUCCUCACAGCGUGCACAGGGCAAAACCACAAGCCAGGGCUGCCCACUGGCAACGAUGGGGAAAGACCCAUGCAUAUAACUGCACAUGGAAAGACCCAUGUGUAUCUGAGCUUUCCUCAGCAUUAAAGGGAACAGGGGAGAUACUCUGCACACAUGGGAAUCCUGUGGAGCUGUGGGAGUUUGCACUUUCACUCUGUAGAGAGGUGAAAUAAAUGUUUGAGACUUUAGUUGACUGGUACAACCAAGGGACUACUGGUUUAUUUCUUUUCUGUUCUCAGAAAUACCGCUACAUGUGAGAAUGCUUGCAUUUUUUU